AUGUCAAUAGUGGCAGCACCACUGGAGCCCAGGAUGAGCCCGAGCCAUCCUGGAGGAGUGCUCACUUGCCAGCAUGGUUUGCCCCACCUGAGUAAAGGGGAGAUCGAAUGCCCUAAGAGGUUCAACCUCAGCCCGUCCAUGAGUAGCCUACUUAAGAGGAACGUGGCCAUUUUUACGGCACCUGGACCAGAAAGACAAAAUGAUCCUGAGCUGGUGGCACCUUCCAUGUGCUCUCCUGCAAGAACAUCAUCUCAGUAUCUAAUGGCCAGCGGGCAAAGCCCGAAGACAGCUCACCGAUCAGAGAGGUUCAAUGACAUUGUGAUCAGACAUUUUGAAUGCUUUACUUGA